GUUAUUAUUAUUAUUAUGAGAUUGCGUAUACGACAUCCUGAUGGGAUGGCUACUUUAUCUGAUGUUAUGCCUGAACAAACAAUAGCAGAACUAAAACAAGUUAUCCAUAAAGCUAUUGGACUUGUAGCUAACCAAGAUAUACAACUUUCUGGAGGAUAUCCUCCUAAACCCAUAGAAGAUGACCAACUUCAAUUAUUAACUACGGGUAUUCGUGAUGGAGAUACAUUAACUGUGCGUGUGUUGGAAUCAACUCAUAAACAGACUUUGCUUCCUCUCAUCGAAACACAUGAAUCUGUAGAAACGAUGCAUGGAUAUCUAACACUUCGUGUAAUGGAAGACGAUAACUCAUGUUUAUUUCGAUCGAUUGGCUAUGUUCUCCAACACGAUGCCACCAUGUCAGCACAACUUCGAAAAGUUGUUGCUGAAAAGAUAACAUCUGAUCCAUGGACAUAUUCAGAUAGUAUACUUGGUCAAUCAAGAGAGAACUAUAUUGAAUGGAUUCAAAAGCCAAGUGCUUGGGGUGGUGCCAUUGAAUUAGCUCUAUUUUCGGAUUAUUUUAAGAUUGAAAUAGAUAGUAUCGAUAUUCAGACGGGUAGAAUGGACAAGUUUGGCGAAGGACUGUUUGAUGAAAGAGUGUUGAUUGUAUACAGUGGUAUUCACUAUGAUGCAUUAGCACUUGCACCUAUGCCCAACAGUCAUUCCAGUUUUGAUCAAACUCGAUUUCCUAUCACAGAUCAUGUUGUUCUUGAUGCUGCUAAAAAGCUUGUGGAUGAACUUAGAAAGAAACACAAAUAUACCGAUGUUGCCAACUUUACUUUAAAAUGUGAACAAUGUAACAAGGGCUUAAAAGGAGAAAAAGAUGCUCAACAGCAUGCUGCAGUAUGUAUCAUAGGAAAACUGGAUGUAUGCUAACUAGGAUAGACAACGGGCCAUACUCAUUUUACUGAAUAUCAAUCAUAAUUAUUAAAACGAAUU